AUGUCAUGGGCGACUCCCGAUAAGAACCAGAGAGCUGCUGAGGGACUUGAGGUGCCAAGCGAGCUGGCCGGGGAUGCGGAUAUGGAUCUUCUGCUCAUGGCGUCUCAGCGGAAGAAACAAGAGGAGAGAACGCUUCCUACCAACAGCCUUCCGAGAUCCACACUCCUCUCUACUCUCCGAGGCUCCAGGAACGUGCUUGACAAGAAGCACAAUCAGUCCCACACGAUCAGUCUCGGCAUGCCGAUCGCAGUCGUACCGGAAGAACUCCCCUGCGUCCUGAUCCUCCUGCAAACCUUUCUGUUCCAAAGUCGUCGUGCUAUUCGGCAGAGCAUCUACAACCAGGAGAAGCAAGACCAAGAUGUGUUUCUGCAUGUGCCUUAG